UCCGCUCGCGGCUGUCGACGUUUUCCUCGGGGGGCCACCAGAGGCCUCUCCCCGGCUUGGAUCUUACUGGAUGUUUUCCUGACACUGGGGGGGCGGGAAAACGAUUUGGAGAACUUCCCAUGGAUCCGAACAUCCAGGGGUCUUUCCUCUUCAACAACAGCCUGAACCAGUUCCCCUCAGACCUUAAGGCGCCGGUGUGCCAGUACUCGGUCCCCAACUCCUUCUACAAACUCAACCCGGGCCUUAACACCCAGCUGCAGCCGGGGACUCCCCACGGCAUCAGCGACAUCCUGAGCCGAUCCAUGGUGGGGGUCGGCUCCACCGGCACCACCACGCUGCUGUCUGGGUACUCCCCCAUGGGGGGGUUCGGUCCCUCCGUAACCACUACGUCCAUGUACUACAACCGAGAUUACAACCCCUCGCUGGGCUUCUCCAAAAGCACGGCGGAGUGUCCCAUGAAGGGUCGCAGUAUGAGCUGCUGGGCGGAGAGCAGCUGUGACUGGAGAGGAGGGAGACAGCAGUGCACCAGCGGCAGUGGUCCACUCGGAGAAAUGCCCAACAGGAAGAAACACACCAGACCAACAUUUAGUGGACAUCAGAUAUUUGCUCUGGAGAAAACCUUCGAGCAGACUAAGUACCUGGCCGGACCAGAGAGGGCAAGACUGGCUUAUUCUCUAGGAAUGACUGAGUCACAAGUUAAGGUGUGGUUCCAGAACCGACGCACCAAGUGGAGGAAGAAGAGCGCCUCGGAGCCCAGCUCCACGCAGGCCACGCACGCCGGACAGGGCGGGGAGGCCUCGGAGAACGAGGUGGAGGACGAGGAGUACAACAAGCCUCUGGACCCCGACUCGGACGACGACAAGAUCCGACUGCUGCUGCGCAAACACCGCAGGGCUUUUUCUGUGCUAAGACUGGGGCCGCACCCUGUCUGAAACAC